GCGAUUCACGCCCGAACGGCCUGCAGUGUGUCGCGCGCGUCCCGGCCGUCCGCUCAUAUCGCCCGCCGCCUCCGCCGUUAUCGCCGCCACCGCGUUUACCAGGGCCCCGAGCGAUUAUAACAAUUUAUUGCUAUUAUUAAUAAUAUUGUAAUUAAUUGUAAAAUAUUACGAGACGUAUUAUACGCCUCUGAACGUAAUAUAAUAUUAAUACCUAUAUCAUUAUAUUACGAUGUUAUAGUUGCGGUCUUCCGGGCUACCGCGAUAACGUUCGGACACGCGUAAAUAGAUUAUAAAAUUAUACUAUAGUGUUCCGUCGGCCGACGGUUUGUUUUUCCUUUUCGCACAGUUCGUUAAUCGGGCAGAUCAGGUGCACGCAUGCAUCAAAUCAAAUUUUCGCACAUCGCCUACAUGAGAUACUGUCGCACAUUGUCCGAGAUCCUUACCUGACCUACCAGAGAGGUUUAGUUGCACCCAAAAGGAGUUGGUCAAUCACAAUUUUCAUUUACUGGCAACGAAGUGCACGGGUUCAGCUAGUGUCAGCGGGGCGCGUGCAAUUCGACGUCACCGCCGCCGCAUGUUCAAGACGGUGCGCGCCCAACAUGGCGCCGGUGACCUGGUGGCCGAGCUCGAGUACACGAUAUUGCCGCAGACAGACGACCGUUCACCGUCGGCGUCGAGCGGCGAGGAAGAACCGACGCCGUGCGGCGUGGCGACCGCGUGCCAUCGGACCCAUCUGCACCACCACAACCAUCACCACCACCAACUACAACAACAGCAGCAGCAGCAAAAACAACAACAACCACACCAUUACCAGUACCGGUACCACCAACACAGCAGGGACGCGUCUCCGCCGCACCACCAUCACCACCAUCAACACCGCAGGUCGUCGUCUUCGUCGUCCUCUUCGGCGACGGCCGACGACAGCGUCGGCGGCGGUGGUGGUGCCGGCACCCGGCGCACCGUCGUCGUCAUCAUAGCCAUGCUGGUGCUCGGGUGUGGCGUCGUUGCAGCCGCCGUGCUGGUGCCCAUACUGUUGGCCGCCCGACUGGUAACCGUGCCCGCAUCGGCCCGGUUACAGACGUUCGCUGUGGCAGCGUCUGGCGUCAUUCACUCGGCGCGCGGCGACUACGUGCAACUGCUGCCGGUCAAGCACGCGCCGCCCGGCACGGUCAUCAAUUUUGGACCGCCGCCGCCCCCGCCACCACCGUCCACAGGCCGCCGGCGUAAGAGACGAUCGGCCAUGGCCGCGGUGGUCAGACGGCGACGGAGGCGGCCCGUCGCUGAAGUCCGACACCGGAAACCGGUCCGGACUGACGACGGCUUCCGGUCAUUGGACUUUCGGAUUAGUCAAUAGCGACAGCAAAAGUUUCCGGUUUUAUACGGACCGAGAGUGAAGUCGGAUAUGGCAACAACAAGGAUGCGAUUCCCACCAGACCGCCAAUGAAAACAUACAAGCCGUAGCGAGUAAAUUAUUGUUUAUGAUGAUUAUACACAAAACUAUAUUAAAAUAAACCAAUUUAUAAAUAUUAUUACUCGUCAAUGUCGCGUAUAUAACUUAUUAAAAUAGUUAAUUUGUUUGUAUACAUUAAAAUAUAUGCAUUACAAAUGUAUGUAUUUAUAUUCAAUUACUGAAUAAAUUACUUGAAAAAUAAAAAAAACUAUUAUAUUAUAAAGUCACACGAAAUCUGUACACCCUACACUUAAACUAUACUGAGUAAUGUUAACAUAUUUUCGUAUUAAAAUUAUAACAAUUUUUUUUACAUAAUUGUAUUUUUAUUUACACCAGUUGUUGUCAUUCGUUUAUUUACCUAUAAUAUACAUAAUAACCUAU